UGCCCAUGGACCGCUACCUGCUGCUCGCCGGCUGGGAAGAGCGCAGGGCUGGCGGCCCAGGUCUGACUUCAGCAAAUGUUUUCAACCUACUGAAAGAAAACUUUAGGUCUUUUAUGAAUGCAGAUGUGAGCACGUUCCCGGCAUGUUCAUUGGCUGGUAUUCCAGGCAUGAGGAAGUGGUUUUUUGCAAAUCAAGUUGUAAGUGGGUUUUGCCAGUUCUGCAGUCUGGACUGGGAAGAGAUUAGUUUUGACUCAAAGAAAAAUGAAACUGAACACUUUCUCCAAACAAAUACUGAAGAAUGCCUGGGUUUUGAGGAGGAAGAUAGUAGCAGCAGAGAGUCACUGUUGCUGACUGAUGUUUAUGAAGAAGCUGCAGAGAGUCUGCAUCAAUUGUCAGACAAGCUCCCUGCUCCAGGAAGAGCUAUGGUUGAUGUAAUACUACAGACUGGUGAACCUGAUGCCCCCAAGUUAAAAGACUGCUUACCUGCUAUCGGUGCCCUGAAACAUCUGAGAGAAUGGCACUCUGCAAAAAUCACAAUAAUAGCAAAUGACUGUAAAGGCAACUGGCAAAAAAUUGCAGACUACCUGUCAGCAGAUGUUGUAGCUUUAGAUGAUCUAAAAAAUGUUAUUGACUCAAAAGAGCUGUGGAGGGGGAAGGUUCAGAUAUGGGAAAGAAAGUUUGGAUCUGAAGUUAGGUUUCCAGAGUUUUGCAUAAAGGGUGUCUCAGCAAAGCCAUUCAGCACUUCUCAUUUAAAUACUUGCUUUGCUGCCAAGAAAACAACAGACUCAAAGGAUAGCAAUAUUUUGCCAGAGGUUUUUCAUUAUUAUGGUCCUGCACUACAAUUCUUGCAGAUGGUGGUGCUUUCAGACAUACCCUCCUGUUUUGUAUCGGAUCUGGAGUUUGAGCUGAGCUUGGCAAGAAAAAAAAUCAGAGAGACAUCUGUGCUGCUUUUAAACCAGGUUUCUUCUCUCUGUGGAAAGGUGGGAGCUUUAUUUGCUUUGCCUUGCAGUGUGAGCAAUGUACUGAUUCCAUCACCCACCCAGUUGAGUACAAAAAAAUGGAAGGAAUAUAUGUCCAAAAAACCUAAAGCUGUCACCAUUCCAGAAGUUGAACUGAAAGGAGAAUUUUGCCAAUAUUAUUUCUUGGUACAAGGCAAUGGCUUUGGAGGCUGUAAAGCAACCAUGAUUCGUUCAGCCAAUCAGAUUAAUGGAUUAGCAACUCUUGCUGUAAUAAAUGGAAAGCUAAAGACAAAUGCAGAAGAAACAGACUCAAGCCUUUGUAUUGCGGACUUCAUCAGGUCUCUUCCACAUCUGUGUGGAGAGCAGAUUCUACAGAGAGAAAAGAAUCUGGCCUCUGUCCAAGCAUGUGCCUUGAAGGAAUAUCUCAAGAGGCAAGAAUCAGCCAAAGAGCUUUCUACCAUUUCUAUUGAUGAGCUCAAAACCCUGUUAAUACUCAUGAGGGAACAGUUUUUCGAGCUGCAUAACACCGCCCUUCCAAAAACUCUUUUACAUGAAGAAAAAAGCAAACCUAGCAUCCAUGCAGUGACUUGUGAAUCUGAGCUAAUUGGGUCCAAUGCUUUGGAGUGGCCGGAAAGAAGUGUUCUUCAGACUAUGGAAAAUUUUGAAAAAAUUAAACAAAAAAUGAGAGGUUCCAUGUUGACACAUUCAUCUGAGCAAUUGCUAGGACAUAAGGAUGGUCAGAGGGAGUCAUUGACAUUGCUGGAUGCUAAAGAGCUACUGAAAUACUUUACUCCAGAGGGGUUGCCGAUUGGGGAUCUUCAGCCAUUACAAAUUCAGAAGAGCGACAAUGCUUUUCUUCUUAUGCCAGAGCUCUCUCCACGGAAGCUGAGAGGCCUACCUUUUGAAAAAGCAGCAGGAUGCCAUUAUCAUGGACUGGAAUACUGUCUUGAUAACAGGAAAGCUUUAGAGAGAGAUGUGGGAUAUGCUGAACUUCAAACUCGUCUUAUUCGUUAUGAAACACAGACCACCUGCACAAAAGAGUGCUGUCCUGUACCAUGCGUCUUAAGCCCUCUUCCAUCUCCUGCAGUAUUAUCAGAGCCUGGUAGCGUGCCUGAUGGGGAAGGUUUACAAAGUGAAUUCAGAACAGAAACAUCAAGGCUAAAACGCAGAUCAAAAGACUUGGAUUGCUUUUAUCCCAACAAAAGACUAACAAAAUCCGAAAGCACAGAUUCUGUCCUGUCUCAGGCAAGUGGAAGUAGUGGGAGUCACCAUUCCAUUGCUGCCACAAGACAAUCCUCAGAAAGAUCAAGAUCUCUAACUUCUGUGCCUGUUAAGCAACCUAGUAAUCAACCUAAAAAAGUAUCCAUGAAGGCUGGCUCGACAAGUCAUGGAAGUACGCAAGAGUCGGAAACUUCAAAGCCAGUGAAGGAAUCUAGAUCUCAGAAACAUACACGGAUGCUGAAGGAAGUGGUUGCUAAAACACUUCAGAAACGCGGCAUUGCAGAGGACCACGAAUGCUUUACGUCCUGCAGCCAGCGGUUGUUUGAGAUAUCCAAGUUCUACUUAAAGGACCUGAAAACUUCCAGGGGAUUGUUUGAUGAGAUGAAAAGAACAGCAAACAACAAUGCUAAACAGGUGAUCGAAUGGGUUUUGGAAAAGGCUAACAAACAGUGAUGCAGAAUCAUUCCGUAUAAAUACCGUUCACAUGCUGCCCACAAACGUCACAGAUAAAGCACAACACGUUACAAUAACAGUGUGAAGGCAGGUAACAUGUAUGCACCAAAAACCUAAAAGGCUGAGUAGAAAUAAUUAGGUAGACUUAAUUCCCAAGUUCGGGAGUAUAUUGCAGCACGGAAAUUUUAUAUGCAAAGAUUUUAUUUUUAAAAAUCUGUAAGGUAGUUUUUUAUACUACAUGCAUAUUUAUUAGAUGCUUGUAAAAAGGAAUGAAACUUAGGUUUUGGUGAACAAUUCUAGAUGUGGUGUGUUGUUUUUUAUUAUUUGGGAUGAAUAACUGAUGCCAAAUGUAAAUAUAGUAACAGAACCAUUUUAUUAUUUUUGCACAAUGUUCAAGGAAGAUAUUUGUUCUGUUUACAACUACUUUUUGUUCAACAAAGCUGUUAACCUGAAAGGUUUACAAUGCAAUAAAACUGCUAUCACAUUUUAUAGCACAGCUAGCUAUAAUUUCAUAUUUCUUCUGCAAUUGAAAUACAAAUGUGAUUAAGACUGAAGGCACAAUAACCCUUCCAAGUUGUAUCAAAAGUUGUAAAGACUAUUAGUUUUGAAUAAAGCCCCAAAUCAAACAUGCA